AUGGCCAAGCGACGGCUGAACCCGGACGAGAUUCGAGCGGCCAUGGAGGCGGGACACCCCCCCAGCUCGGUCAACUACGAGACCGACAAAAAAUGGCAUGCCGGGCAGAAUCGCUGGCUCGCCAAAUGGAAGCAACGCCGGCUCCCCGACAGCGGGAGCAGCCGGCGGGACCACUGGGGCGAUCGAAAGCAGCAGCAUGCGCGGCUGCUGCGGGCGGCGGAGAAUGAGUCAUCUGCCUCCUUGAAGCGCCAGCGCAAGGCCGCAGCGACACCUGCCGUGACACAUAGCGGCCGUGUGCACGCUGGCCCGUCACGGCUCAAGAGGCCAAAGCCGCCGCCAGAAGGUGGCAACCAGCAGGCGUACGAGCUCGCCAUGGGCAUGUAUGGGCCGCAGGCAGUCAAGGCCGCCAAGGAGCGAAUGGAGAGGGAGCGCGAGCGGUCGCAGCGGCGGCGUGAUGUGGCAAAGCUCAAAGUGCUCAAGGCCGUCGAUGAGGCGCUGCGAGAUUCUGACUAUUGGCGGACCACUGGCUUCUUCAGCAGCGCGUUGGCGGUCGGCCCCAUGGCGAAAGGCAAGGCCAAGAAGAGGACGAGCUAUCGCUACGAGCUGCAGCUCAACAGCGCCCAUGGUGGCGGCGGUGGCGGAGGCGGCUCUAGCUUCGAGCCCUCAUCGCAGCCCGCCGCCGCCGACUCGCCGCUGGCGCUCGAGCUGUGCGCCUUGGCGCCCGCCGUGCCGCGCGAGCGAGUAGCCGAGCUCGCUGCCGUGCACGGAGACGACAUGGACACCCUCGUCAGCCGGCUGCUCGAGCUGUCCGCCUCUCUCGGCGCCGAGGGCACUCAGCCCAGCGGCAUCAGCGAGGAGGAGUGCGACGACUCCUUCUUCCCCCUGCUUCCCUCGGAGCUCCCUCGGCCCGCUCCUCGCCUGCCUGACCUCUCCUAG